AUGAAUGGCUCGGGUGGCCCCGGGGCCGAGGACGCGAGUGAGGCGGGCGGCAGGGACAGCUGGCAGCCCGAGGCCGUUAUCGUGCCCAUGCUGUUCGCGCUCAUCUUCUUGGUGGGCACCGUGGGCAACGCGCUGGUGCUGGCCGUGCUGCUGCGCGGCGGCCAGGCGGUCAGCACCACCAAUUUGUUCAUCCUCAACCUGGGCGUGGCCGACCUGUGUUUCAUCGUGUGCUGCGUGCCCUUCCAGGCCACCAUCUACACCCUGGACGGCUGGGUGUUCGGCUCGCUGCUCUGCAAGGCCGUGCACUUCCUCAUCUUCCUCACCAUGUACGCCAGCAGCUUCACGCUGGCCGCCGUCUCCCUGGACAGGUACCUGGCCAUCCGCUACCCGCUGCACUCCCGCGAGCUGCGCACGCCUCGCAACGCGCUGGCUGCCAUCGGGCUCAUCUGGGGGCUGUCGCUGCUCUUCUCCGGACCCUACCUGAGUUACUACCGCCAGUCGCAGUUGGCCAACCUGACUGUGUGCCACCCGGCGUGGAGCGCGCCUCGUCGCCGCGCCAUGGACCUCUGCACCUUUGUCUUCAGCUACCUGCUGCCCAUGCUGGUGCUCGGCCUGACCUACGCGCGCACCCUGCGCUACCUCUGGCGCACCGUUGACCCGGUGGCCGCCGGCUCCAGCGCCCGGCGCGCCAAGCGCAAGGUGACGCGCAUGAUCAUCAUCGUGGCUGCGCUCUUCUGCCUCUGUUGGAUGCCUCACCACGCGCUUAUCCUCUGCGUGUGGUUCGGUCGCUUCCCGCUGACGCCCGCCACCUACGCGCUGCGCAUCCUCUCGCACCUGGUGUCCUACGCCAACUCCUGUGUCAACCCCAUCGUCUACGCGCUGGUCUCUAAGCACUUCCGCAAGGGCUUCCGCAAGAUCUGCGCGGGUCUGCUACGCCGUGCCCCACGUAGAGCCUCAGGCCGCGUGUGCAUCUCGGCGCCGGGCACCCGCGGCAGCAGCGUGCUGGAGCGCGAGUCCACUGACGUGACGCACGUGAGCGAGGCGGCCGGGACCUCCGCUCCUGUGCUGGCGACACUCGGCAGCCCGGCCUUGAGCCUGGUACCCGGCCCGUCCUGGCGGGACCAAAAUGCCCCCAGUGGCAUCCCGACAGUUAAUGCGACCUGA